CAGGUAGAAAUAGAAAUGGAGUCAAAGUUAGUACAAGUCAUAUUUUUCUUCUUGUUUGUCACAGUUUCAUCCGCUUACACACCAUUCCAAUACUUUAUGCAUGUUCAGUUCUGGCCAGCUGCUGAAUGCCAAGCUAUAGGGGGGGUGAAUAAAUGCCACAUCAUGCAACCAUCUCAUCUUCAGUUCACUAUUCAUGGUCUCUGGCCUGCGAAUAAAUCAUCCUCUUCAUCCCUUACCUGCAUGGGGGAUGCCUUUAAUGUGAAUGGGAUGGAUGAUGCACUGAAAAAGGAGCUACUCAGUUCGUGGUGGGAUUGGAAAAAAGGGAAGCAUGUCGAAUUCUGGCAAAGAGAGUAUGAUAAGCACGGAAAGUGCUCCGACAACGUGUUCCCGAAGACCGAGUACUUCCGGAAGACCCUAGCGACGUACCAUGAUUUUGAUAUAGCUCAAAUCCUGCAGAAGGCUAAUAUUGUACCCCAACCACUUCAGCCAAAGAUGUCGUUAUACAAAUUGUACUCCAUCGAUCAGAUAACAAAGGCCAUUGAGUCCGAAACUGGCGAACAUUCCGUCAAUAUCAGAUGCUAUCAACAAAUGCAGAAGCAGAGCAAGAAAUUAAUAUAUUUGGCCCAAGUCGCCCUCUGCUAUGAUGAAUCUGGCAAUAACAGAAUUGACUGUGAUCCAGGCGAAACAACCAGUUGCAAGUUUCAGCGCACAGACCCGGAAACUGUACCAAGUAUAGCCCACAUAAAGCUAUGGUAACAACUGUAAGAUCAAUAUAAAUAAAGUAAGAGGAAUACAAUAAUCACAGUACCUGAAAGUCCUAGGAUGGAUACUAACUUAAUCUAUAAAUGACAACUUAACGCUAAAGUAAA